UCAUGUGUGCGUAUCUAGUGCCAUUUUUGGAGCAACGAGAAGGAAUGCAUGCGAUUUCACGAGAUCAAGCUAACGAAAUCGAGACGAUUGCUUUUGCGCGUAAAUCGCGCAAAUAUAAUGGCGACGCCGACCAACAGCAGCGGUAAUCUCGUCGACGAGUUCGAAGAAGCGUUUCAGCAAUGUUUGAGCAUGCUGAUAAAGGACGAAGGAUUAGUCAGCAAUGGGACUGGUGCUUCUGGUGGUUUGACAGUGGAUAAAGAUGAAGGUCGUGCAGAAAUGGAACAAGCUACAAUGAGGUUCAUAGAUCUGGCUAGACAAAUGGAGGCUUUCUUCCUACAAAAGAGAUUUUUGCUGUCUGCGUUGAAGCCUGAGAUGGUAGUCAAGGAAGAUAUUCAAGAACUGAGAAUGGAAUUAGCUCGCAAGGAAGAGCUCAUAAAGAGACAUAAUGAGAAAAUUGUAGUCUGGCAGAAUAUGUUGUCGGAUUUACAAGGAUGGGCACAAUCACCCGCUCAAGGUCCAGCACCUAAUGGAUUACCCAGUGGAAAUCAAAGUGGGCAAAACCAACAGGCUGGAAGUGGCGGUGGCAAUGCUUCGAUACAGCAGCAGCAGCAGCAAAUGUUGCAGCAUCAGCAGCAACUGCAACAGCAAUUACAGCAGCAGCAGCAUCCACAAUUGCAACAACAAUUGCAGCAUCCGUUGCAACAACAGGUGCAGCAGGGCUCCGGUGGCCCGCCGACAUCAGGCCUUCAAGGAGUCGGCGUGCCAGUCAGUCAGCAGGGCAUGUUCAUGGCGCAAGGAGUAGCCGGUGGCAGGACCGCCGGGUUCCCGGUCGGCGGUAUGGGCAAUAGCGCUCUGCAGGGGCCUCUGGCCUUCCUGGAAAAGACAACGAGCAACAUAGGGAUGCCAGAGAGGCGGAGUUGACGCGGAAGGGGGAGGGGCCGGGGCCGGGGUCGUGGAAGAGGCCGAGGUAGAGGAAGAGGCGGCGGCGGUGGCAGUGGUCUACCGCCGCCACCACCGCUUCUCGAUCCCUCAGACCCAUCGUCCUAUGCUGCUGCUGCCGCAGUCGCAGCCGCUGCGGCAGCGCCCCUUCCCUCUCCGCAACAGCAGCCUCCUCCGCCUUGCACGUAAACAUUUAAUAUGCGUGGCGCUUUCAUUUCUUCUUUUGAAAGAAAAACAGACUAUAUACUUCUUGUAGCUCCGAAGUGUCCAAUAUACUUGGUUGUUAUGUGGGAUUUGUGUUUGAACUUGCAGACUUAAAUAUGUUGUGUCAAGUGAUGCUGAUGGUGACCUUUGAAAUGCAGUGAUACAUAUUACAAUUACAUUGGAAUGGAGACGGACACGAUUAAUAUGUACAAAUGUAAUGUUUACGACAAUUUAUGAGCUUAUUGAGGUCUCAAUGGCAAACGCAGCGUUUUGAUAGUGCCAGUUUUAUUGUGAUUCAGUAUAAACAUCGCAUUUCUCGUGAAACUAUUCCAUAUGCGAGGGAUGGACAUUUUUUUAAUUCUUUGUACUAGUCCCGAAAAUUUUAAGACGGGAGCGAGAGCUUACGCGGAACGCGUAAAAUUGCGAUUUAGAAUAAGAAAUGAUAGAUACUUUGUAAUUAUAAGUUGAAAUGGCAAUGAAACAAUUGUACAUAAUGAAAUUGUGUGACAUGAGUAAUGUGAUAUUUUUACUCUCGUACAUAAGAAUAUCUCUUCCUAUUUCUUUAUACCACACAUUCUAGUUUAUGAUAUUAUUUCUUCAAGAUUGUGUGUUAACAUUUUUAUAAUAAAAAUAUGCGUUUAUCGCUUUUGCAGUGCCUUUGAACAAUUAUCAAAUGUACUGUUUGUGCGAUAUCAGUGAAAUUAUUUAAUGUAAUGUAAACUAGAAUGCAUGUCGAUUAUGCUAGAUUAGUAUAAGCAUCUGUGUCCUGGAAUAUCUGCACACCAUUUCAAAAUUUAUUUAUUUUUGUAUAAAUUCUUCAAAUUCUUUAAAAUUUAAUUCUAUUCCAUAUUUAUUACUAAUGUGCACUUUUGUGUAUCGUAUGUGGAUACAUUCGUUACACAUGUGAAACAGAAUUUUGAUUUAAGAUUCAAUCAAGAUUUUAAGGUAAAAUUUUAAAUGUUUUAUUAUGAUGACGAUCUUUAUGUUAUGGAAUUAUUUUUUUAUGAUUAUACAAUGUUAUGCCUUCUUUGCCAUUAAAAUAUUUUUUAUGAUGUAUACUAUACAUAUACAUUAUACAUAUAAUAUCGUGUUUUAUCAUAAAAUUAUAAGUUUAGGCAAUGAUACUUAGCAGAACAAUCAAAUUUGCAUGUAGAAGAAAGAUAUGCAUUGUAACAAUUAUUCUAGAAUAUAUAUCAGAUUUAUCAUUUUUUUAUUUUACAUAUAUAUGUUUAUAUAUAUAGUUAGGCUCUAAAGACAUAUGUAGCAGUCGCAAGUAUUGUAUAAAGCGGAAAAUGUAAGAUAAUUUUAUGUGCACUUUUUAUCCAAUACAACACAAAAAAUAUUUUCUAAUAUAAGAAAAUUAUUGAUUUCAUGUUAAUAAUAAAAUAGAUGAAUGCAAUCGUUUAUUUCUCAUAUUAAUAGACCAUUUUAUAUAUACUUUUCACAUGUCUCUUAUAUAAACCUAGGACACAGGAUGCUUAUAUUUUUUUUUGAGAUUCAAUAUAUAAAACACAAUGUAUGUAAUUUUCAUCCUGUACAAUACUAUAUUGUAUGCACUGUAAUAUACAUAGAAUUGAUACGAAUAUUAAA